UUCUGCCACUGCCUCCAACCUGGCCUUUGAGCAUUUCACAAAAUGUUGCGCUUCAACGUUCCCCUCUCGUUGCUUUUGAGCCCUAUGCUUGCUUGGGCAGCUCCCGUGAGUCCAUACAGUCAGCUAGAAUGGACCCAUUGCGAAGCCAACGCAACCAGCACACUCCUCGACUGUGCUACCUUACAGGUGCCCAUGAAUUGGCUGGAUCCCACCGGAGAGCAAAUCACACUGGACAUCACUCGGUUGAGAACAAACAGUCCUAAGAGAAUAGGAAGCCUGUUUGUCAAUCCAGGAGGUCCCGGGGGUGCCGCUGCCGAAUUAUGCGAAGGACAAGCGAGAGAUCCAGCUCUCUACAGUCAAACACUCCAGGAUCACUACGAUAUUAUAUGCCCAGACCCUCGUGGCGUAGGCAAAAGCUCUCGUGUCGAAUGCGAUCCCGAGCUUUGGGCUGAAACCCCAUCCUACUUUGUCGAAGACGAAGCGUCUUUUGAGAAGAUUCUCGAAUUCAAUAAAAGACUAGGUGCCGACUGCUUGAGCCGCACGGGACCCCUCAUGGGCUUUGUAGAUACAACAAAUGCCGCCAAAGACCUGGAAGCCAUACGAAUCGCCCUUGGGGAAGAAAAGCUGAAUUGGCUCGGCUGGUCCUAUGGGACUCAACUUGGCGCUGCAUAUGCCGAGCUUUUUCCCGAAAAGGUCGGAAAUAUGGUUCUCGAUGGCGCGGUGGAUCAUUCAAUGCGAGAAUUGGAAGGCUUUGUCAUGACCAAUUGGGCCAUGGAAGACGAAAUGAGACGGUUCUUCGACUGGUGCAAUUCCAACACCACUUGCGCUAUCUAUGGUGAGUGGGAUUCUGCUGACUUAUGGGACGGAAUGGUCGCAGAGGCCAAUCGAAACCCUAUACCGGCUCCCGGAUGCCUCCCCGAUGCCGAUACAGAGAGUGCUGGCAGAUGCCAAGCUACUGUGACGGGCUACGAUCUUAUCUUCAAUCUUGAGAACAAUUUUAUGAGUCCAAACGAAUGGAUUUGGGUGUCGAAUGCGAUGAAUGAAUCGCUAAAUGGCAAUGCAACACUACUGUCUCGACCCGAUCCCGUACCAGGAACCGGCGUGGACUAUCCAAAUCUCGCCAUUGGCUGUCUGGACUGGCAACCCAAUUCCACCACGUAUGAUGAACACAUUGCGCUGCAAAAUCUGGGCAGUGCCAUGUUCCCUCACAACCUCGGAAGUGGCAUGUCGAUGCAAUUCGCCACCACAUGUAUUGGCUGGCCAUUCAAGCCCACCAACCCUCAGCACUGGCUUGAUCCUGCCAAAAUGGCUUUGGCUCCUCCAAUUCUGGUGGUCAAUUCAGAGCACGAUCCUGCGACGCCAAUUUCUUGGGCUCACGGUUUAAUGAGACAGAUUCCUAAGGGCGUUCUACUUACAAGAACUGGUGAUGGACAUACAAGUUAUAUGGACAACUUGGCAGCUCGGGAAAUCAUGGACGCAUUCCUGGUCAAUGGGACGUUGCCUGCUCCAAACACGAUUGUGGAAUAA